AUGGAGAGAUUAAUAUGUUUGCUUGAUAAGACACUUGAUGACCACGAAGAGAAAAGGAUUCACCAAAAGCGCCUUUGAAAUCGUAAACUUGAGCUUGAAUUGAUACCCAAAAAAAUUAAACAAGACAGUCGACCCUUCUAUAUCCCAGGAAAGGUUUUGGAUCGCCUUGGAUUGAAGAUUUUCGAAACAAUUCCCUUUUUUUUAUCACAAAAGACACAAAAAGUUUACCCAAUAUGAGGCAUAUGCCACUUUCCCAAUUUUUUUGACAUUUUCCUCAGAAAAGCUCAUGGUUAUAUUAUUUAA